GAGUGGAACCUCGUCCCGGUCCUUCGGCGCACAAUUGGAACGAUGAAAAGAGACGACCAGCAUGGCCCCUGCAAAAUGAUGACACGGAUAAAUGUAGAAGUGGCAUCCAGAGCUGGAAUGAUACAGAGAAGAUUAGUAGGGCGAUUGCGGAAGCAUGACACGUACAAAAAGAGGAGGCGAGACCUCGUCGCAGGAGGCUGGAUUAUCAGACGGGAAGCCGUGACCAUAAUUAUAUAGAAAUUCCACGAAGUCGCACAUUUCUGGAUCCGGCGAUUACGGGUGGCGGGAUGUUGCCAUAGGUGCGGAAGAACUGUGUCUGAAUUUCAACACAGGCGCAGAUAUUCACGGGUUGUCGACAGGUGGGAUGCAAGUAGUGCACGAAGCACGCAGUUUGGCUUUAUGAAAUCAGGAGAUGGUAGACGGCUAACCCUAAGUAUAUUUUUUUUCUGCUGAUGCAAAUGAGUUACCCUUUCCCUCUGUCUCCUUCUGAUCUGGGAAUUACAGCAGUUGGUUUUCUGGGACACGCAAUGCAUGUUUGGUGGGGUGCAAGUCAUGCAUAGAGGGGGAAAGACUGCUGUAUUGUGUCAGAACAGGGUACUACAGAGUAUGCGUGUAAGUUCACAUGCAAAUACCUGUGAAUGACAACGGCAACAACAACACCGUGAUCACCAGCAGCAGCAGCCCGUCAUCAGGGAGCUCGGCAAGGAAACAAAUAUCACAGGGAGUGAAUGAGUGGGGUGGGAAUAGUACAUAAAGCGGGCAAGACACUACUAUAUCAGAAGAGGCUAGAGGGUAGAUGCUCCACAAAGUGUGCAUGUGGAUGCUUAUGUAAAGACGUUACCUGUGGAUGAUAGCGGCAUCAUCGUUAUCAUCAUUAUCAUCGUCAUCGUCGUUGUUGUCAUUGUCAGCAGCAGCAACAGCAGUUGCAGCCCAGAAAUAGUAGACGUGGCGAGGAGACACUCCGGUGUGAGAAGGCAUCAUACUCCAAGAGAGUGGGCUGGAAUUUUUUAUUGGGCAACAGAGGAGAAGGUGGAGGAGGACGAGAAGGAGCAGGCUGUCCUUCCCAUUCAUUCGUUCCAUGGCUGAUCCUGACUCCAGAGAGGUCGACGUUAAUCCAGGGUUUUUUGGUCAUGCAAGGAGUAAUGGAGGAGAUUGGAUUUUGGUAUUCCUCUUGAUGAUUGUCGUUGCUCUGCUUCAGUUAGCCCCUCCAUUUGAACGCUAUGUCUCCAAGGAAGCGGUGGAUGAGCUGCGGUACCCCCUCAAGGACAACACAAUUCCCACCUUGGUGGUUCCAAUUUUCGCCAUUCUGAUCCCCGUGUUGGUUAUCUUCUUGCUAGUGAGAUUCGGGCAUAAAGACAGCACCGAUCUUCAUCAUGCCGUUCUCGGCCUCUUUGCGUCGGUGCUGCUGACGGCAGUGAUCACAGACAUUGUGAAAUUAUAUGUUGGAAGGCUGCGUCCAGAUUUCUAUUGGCGGUGUUUUCCUCCGGGGACGGAGGAGAGGUUCAAACCUGACGGUAAUGUCUGGUGCACCGGGAGUGCUCGUGUGAUCAAAGAAGGCAGAAAGAGCUUUCCUAGUGGCCAUGCCUCCUGGACCUCUGCAGGUAUGUCUUACCUCGCUCUCUAUCUUGCCGGUAGGCUGCACGUUUUUAACGGCAACGGCGGACUCUGGAGACUGGUGGUGGUGUUGUUCCCUAUGCUUGUCACUGCAGUGAUGUGUAUAUCGAGGGUAAGUGAUUACUGGCACCACUGGCAGGACGUCACCGUUGGGGGCCUCCUGGGUUUGUUCAUCGCCAUGGCAGUUUAUCAUCAACACUAUCCCUCUCUGACAUGUGUUCUCCUUGACAACGUGCCUCAAAAGUCGUUUGGCAAGAUUGUAUCUCUGGGCCCGGAUUUGGAGGCAGGGCGUGAUCACAGUUCUCACAGUGCAGCAGAGGCUGUGUCUGAUUCCACACUGCCAACAGAGGUCGAGCACGGAAAUUUGAAGAAAUAGUGCAAGGCAGAGAUGGGAGAUGGGGUGAGUAGUGUGAGCAGCACCAUGUCACACAGCAGAAGAGUUGAGAGGGGAUGGAUGGGACUGCAGAGCAUGCCGUCUAUGUACUGACGAUUGGUUGCCUGUGGCUGGCAUUUCCUUACCACCAGAACGACGAUUUGUGAAAGAAAGGAAAGAAUAUGCUGCUGCUGAACAACCACACUCACAUGAAAAGGUCCCUAUCCUGUUCCAGGGUGUGAUGAACCGACCCAUUAUCACUGGAUAUCCGACACUGAAUGGUCCGUCAUGCCUUCAGUUAUUCAUGUUGGGCGUUUACUGCUGCAAUUCGGCAGCUUUUUGAGGUAUCUCUGCAAUGUCCUCAAUAGGAUGACCAUUGCUGCUUGUCAUGUGCUACUUUUGGCACUGCUAGAUAUCACCAGCCAGCUUGUCUUAUCCGGACAUGCACUACAUGUUGCAUAUGGAGGGAUGAAGUCUGCAUAACGCGGUCGCGAUCCCUCUCGCUCCACGUUAAUGAACUUGCAAGGAUGUCACUCCUGGCAAAGAGUGAUCAUUUGUUGUUGUUGUCACCGUCCAGGUGAGCGCGUACGGAAAGAUCUAUGGUGGUGAUGAGGUCUGUUGCCCUGUUGAAAUGGGAAGUCCUCUUGUGGCGAAUGGGAUGUGGGUUGCAAAUGGCAACGACAAGUCAUCAACUCCGAAGCAGCCAUCACAGCUCAUCAGCACAUUUCUGAUUCUCUGAAGCACACGUUGUACAAAAGAGGAAUCUUGCGGUGGAUGCACAGUAAGCUGGAUUCAUAGUGGAAGUUGGUGAGCGGAAGUGCCUUGUAGACUUGGUAGAAGUGAGUGAGAAGGUAAGGUGGAGGGUUACAACAAGCAGGAUAUCCCAGCUGCGGAGGCAUGGGGGGUGUUACCAUUUCCGUUCUGUUUUAAACAGGGUUUAUAUUUGUCAGCGGUAGAGAUGGAGGAUUCUUGUGGUCGGCAGGACGAUCAUUUACUCAGAGAUUUUUGGCUGCUGAGUGAGUGUAGUUCAGUCCAUCUGUACUCCAUUGCUGCAUCCGGUGGCAACAGCGGAAGGUCGCGAUGUUUAAAGAACUGGGUUUUCUUUCUUUCACCUGUCGUAUGCUGCUGAAAAGGGGUUGGGGAGGAGGCAUCAAUUUGUAAGCUGUAAAGCUUUGAGCUUCCAAAGCUUAAAUGUGGGCAAGUGAGACAUGAAUUUUGUCAGGGAGGAGGGAGGGGGAGAGAUGAAUUGGCAGCGUUUAUAAAUUUGGGCUUCGGAAGGAGCAGAAUAAAACAUCCAGGAACAUGGACGGUAGACACAAUGUCCUACCCCUGGUUGUGUGAGGCAGUAUAUUUUGCCUACACAUGGACAGAGUAGUGGAAGAUGGCUAUGUAUCAUACAUGCAAGCGGACGCUGUGCGAAGAAUUCCGCCACACCUGUCGUUGUGUGAGCAGUAUAUUUUGCCUACACAUGGACAGAAUAUUGGAAGAUGGCUAUAUAUCAUACGUGCAAGCAGACGCUGUGCGAAGAAUUCCGCCAUUUGCCGCACUAGCAGACCUGCACCAUGCAGCGCCCGGCAUAUGCGGCGAGUUUUUGGAAUGCUCUGUAAUCUUUCACCGUAUGGAUUUCCGGAUAUUUCAACAACUUCAUGCAUCGGUCUUUCAUAGACACCCUACCUGGGGUCGACAAAGAAUCAAGCAUAAGUACUUCCCUGAGAAUCAAACUUGGCAUGGUUU